CCAGAACUUUCUCUUGAUCGUUAGCAAUGGAGUUCCCUUACAUGGAAGCUGUCGUUGGGUUUAUGAUAUUAAUGUACUUUUUUGAAACUUACUUGGAUGUGCGACAACAUGCGGCACUCAAACUUCCUACUCUUCCAAAGACUUUAGAAGGAGUAAUCAGCCUAGAUAAAUUUCAGAAAUCUAGAGCCUAUAGUCUAGAUAAAAGCCACUUCCAUUUUCUUCAUGGGUUUGUGACAAUAGUGAUGGAUUCCACAAUUUUGUUCUAUGGGGUGUUGCCCUGGUUUUGGAAGAAAUCAGGAAACUUUGUGACAUUAGUGGGUCUCAAUGCAGAGAAUGAAAUAGUGCAUACCCUUGCCUUUUUAGCUGGUGCCAUGAUCUGGUCACAGAUAACUGACUUGCCUUUCUCUUUGUACUCAACUUUUGUGAUCGAGGCCCGUCAUGGUUUUAAUAAGCAAACAAUAUGGUUAUUCUUUAGAGACAUGAUUAAAGGAAUAUUCCUUUCUGUUUUAAUUGGUCCUCCUAUCGUGGCUGCAAUUAUUUUAAUAGUACAGAAAGGAGGUCCUUACUUGGCCAUCUAUCUAUGGGCGUUUAUGUUUGCUCUUUCUAUUGUGAUGAUGACAGUAUAUCCAGUUCUAAUAGCUCCACUCUUCAAUAAGUUUACCCCGCUUCCAGAAGGUCAGCUCAGGGAGAAAAUUGAAAAACUUGCUGCCUCCCUCAGGUUUCCAUUAAAGAAGUUGUUUGUUAUCGAUGGAUCCACAAGGUCGAGCCACAGCAAUGCCUAUAUGUACGGAUUCUUCAAUAACAAGCGAAUUGUACUUUAUGACACAUUAGUUCAGCAGUGCAAAAAUGAUGAGGAAGUGGUAGCUGUUAUUGCCCAUGAGUUGGGACAUUGGAAGCUCAACCAUACUGUGUACUCAUUUAUUGCCAUGCAGGUUCUUACACUUCUGCAAUUCGGAGGAUAUACACUUGUGAGGAACUCGACUGAUCUCUAUCGUAGUUUUGGGUUUGAUACACAGCCAGUCCUCAUUGGACUCAUCAUAUUUCAGCAUACUGUAACCCCCCUCCAGCACCUUGUUAGCUUUGGUCUAAAUCUUGUGAGCCGAUCAUUUGAAUUUCAGGCUGAUGAUUUCGCCAAGAAGCUUGGAUACGCUUCUGCACUCCGGGCUGGUCUUGUGAAACUACAGGAGGAGAAUCUGUCAGCUAUGAAUACAGAUCCUUGGUACUCUGCUUAUCACUAUUCCCAUCCUCCCCUUGUUGAAAGAUUGGCUGUACUUGACAAAUCUGAUAAGAAGGCAAACUAGGGCUAGGAACCUAUACAUGAAGAGCAGCAAAAAUUCAUUGUACUGUGACUUUCAAUGAUUGAGUGCUGCAAUUUCUGAAAUGUUACUUUAUCUUAUUUAUUAUAACAGGGAAAAGUACUUUUGUAGUUUGGGUUUCAGUGACUAUGCCUCGAUGCAGGCUGCAAGUUAACACCAAAUAGCGUAGAUGAAAUUGAACGAGUGAAAGGAAAUUGGGACAAAACAGGACGUAGCUAUAUGUAACGCUAGGUGCCUUUUUUCCAAACUUACGAGCGGCCACUGAAUGGCGUUUUUUGGCCAUAACUAUCUAGUGAUGUCUUUGUUC